UGUGGUAACUACUAAUUUUGUUUUUGCCGGCGUUUUACCUGAAUUUACAUUUUCUAAAGUCAUUUAAUAAAUCAACCUGUUAGUGAAACGUUUAAAAUUCGCGACAAAUCAUUGCAAAUAUUAAAAAUGGCAAACAAUUCAAGUUUUAUGAAUACGUCACAGACAUCGCUGCAAGACAGUUAUCACAGUGAAAUUAUACAGUUGCAGCAGCCACAAAAUGUGGACUUUUUAAAACACGCACUGGACCGCAUAAAUCUUGAUGCAUCAGAAACAAAUUUCAGCAAUAGCUUUUUAAAUGAAGCACUCAGUGUAUAUGCGCUACUAGCAAGUGUUGAUUUGGAAAUGUAUUCGGAGUUAUUUGCUAAACACGAUAUUGAACUAGAACAGUUCUUGGAAUUAACAUAUUUGGAUUUGCAGUUAUUAGGCAUAGAAAAUAAUAGACACCGUAAUACUAUAAUGGAAUUAAUAAGUGCAUUUCGAUUUGAUUAGUCCAGCUAGUGCGCCGUUUACACCAGUUGGUGUAUUGUAUAGUGUAAUGGAAAAUAUGUAUUUUAAUGUUGAAAACUCAAAAAUAUGUAAAGAUUUUCUUAAUAAGUUUUAAUUUAAGUGUCCUAUAAUUUAAUUUAAAAAUUUAUUAUAAUUUAAUAAUUUAUUAUAUAUUAAUGUGUACAGAUUUACAUAAAUAGUGAAAUUACGCUGCAAAAAACUCGAAAGUAAUAAUGUUAAAACACUUUCAUCAAUUUAGCUAACUAAUAGUGAAUUUUUAAAUGCAGUAUGCACAUCUAUAGAUAACUAUAAUACGGUUUUAAUAUGCAUUACAAAUAAUUUGAAUUAAGUAGUGCUCAAAUAAUUAAAAAUUAUUGUCAAUCAUUGUUCAAGUUUCCAUAAAUACACGUUCUCAAUUUUACUGAUAUCGCUAUCAUUGUGAGCUCAGUCGUUCUAUAUUUCAAAUAAUCUUUAUAUUUAUAUGUAUUAUAUAUAAUAAGUAAAAAAUAACUAUUGACUCCUUCAGAGUUGUAGUUUAUUAAAUGUUAUCUGAAAAUAAAUGAUUUUGUUAAUUUAAA